ACAGCGCCGGCCAGCGCCGAGCCCCCAGGAGCCCGAGCGCGGCCCAGGGGCGCCGCCGGCCCCUCCCCGGCGCGCUGACAGCAGGCCGGGCCCCCGCCCCGUGCCCUCGCCGGCGGGACACACCCCCAGCCCUCCUCUGCGCCGCCAGUUCCCGCCGGCCCCACCGAGCGGCAGAGAGAGCGGGCGGGCGGGCGGGCGAGCGGAGCGCGGCGGCGCGGGAGGGAAGGGACGCGCGGCAGGCCCACGGGAGCAGCCCGGGGCGCACGGAGCCCUCGCGCCCUCCGGGACGGUCGCCUGCUCCGGAGCUGCAGCUGUAGGCGCCGGGAGCCUCGGCGGCGAGUGGCGUGUGGGGCUAGGGUGGCGUGUAGCUGCAGGGACCGGGGCAACCGGAGAAGGAGCCGGAACCCGGCCGGGAUGAGAAGGUGACGCCGCCGGGGGGCGCCACUCGCUUUGUGGGGAAGAUGCUCGCCUACUGCGUGCAAGAUGCCACCGUGGUGGACGUGGAGAAGCGGAGGAGCCCUUCUAAACACUAUGUAUACAUUAUCAACGUGACCUGGUCCGACUCCACCUCUCAGACUAUCUACCGGAGGUAUAGCAAGUUCUUUGACCUGCAGAUGCAGCUUCUGGAUAAGUUUCCUAUUGAAGGUGGCCAGAAGGACCCCAAGCAAAGGAUUAUUCCCUUUCUUCCAGGCAAGAUCCUCUUCCGGAGGAGCCACAUCCGAGACGUGGCCGUGAAGAGGCUCAAGCCCAUCGACGAGUACUGCAGGGCGCUUGUCCGGUUGCCACCCCACAUUUCACAGUGUGAUGAAGUCUUUCGGUUCUUUGAGGCACGACCUGAGGAUGUCAACCCCCCAAAAGAAGACUAUGGCAGUUCCAAGAGGAAAUCAGUGUGGUUAUCCAGCUGGGCUGAGUCUCCCAAGAAGGACGUGACAGGUGCCGACACCAACGCCGAGCCCAUGAUCCUGGAACAGUACGUGGUGGUGUCCAACUAUAAGAAACAGGAGAACUCGGAGCUGAGCCUCCAGGCCGGGGAGGUGGUAGAUGUCAUCGAGAAGAACGAAAGUGGUUGGUGGUUUGUAAGCACAUCUGAAGAGCAGGGUUGGGUCCCCGCCACCUACUUGGAGGCCCAGAAUGGCACACGAGAUGACUCCGACAUCAACACCUCCAAGACUGGGGAAGUGUCCAAGAGACGCAAAGCACACCUGCGGCGCCUGGAUCGCCGGUGGACCCUGGGCGGGAUGGUCAACAGGCAGCAGAGCCGAGAAGAGAAGUAUGUCACCGUGCAGCCCUACACCAGCCAAAGCAAAGACGAGAUCGGCUUCGAGAAGGGUGUCACCGUGGAGGUGAUUCGAAAGAACCUGGAAGGCUGGUGGUACAUCAGAUACCUAGGCAAAGAGGGCUGGGCACCAGCAUCCUAUCUGAAGAAGGCCAAGGAUGACCUGCCAACCCGGAAGAAGAACCUGGCCGGUCCCGUGGAGAUCAUAGGGAACAUCAUGGAGAUCAGCAACCUGCUCAACAAGAAGGCAUCCGGGGAUAAGGAGGCUCCGGCUGAAGGCGAGGGAUCUGAGGCCCCCAUCACCAAGAAGGAGAUCAGCUUACCCAUCCUCUGCAACGCCUCCAAUGGCAGCGCCUUGGGCAUUCCCGAGAGGACCACAUCCAAGCUGGCCCAGGGCUCCCCAGCGGUAGCCAGGAUUGCCCCUCAGCGGGCCCAGAUCAGCUCCCCAAACCUGAGGACAAGACCACCCCCGCGCAGAGAAUCCAGCCUGGGGUUCCAGCUGCCAAAGCCGCCAGAGCCCCCUUCCGUUGAGGUAGAGUACUACACCAUUGCUGAAUUCCAGUCCUGCAUUUCCGACGGGAUCAGCUUUCGAGGUGGACAGAAGGCAGAGGUCAUCGACAAGAACUCUGGUGGCUGGUGGUAUGUGCAGAUCGGAGAGAAGGAGGGCUGGGCCCCAGCCUCAUACAUCGAUAAGCGCAAAAAGCCCAACCUCAGCCGUCGGACCAGCACUCUGACCCGGCCCAAGGUACCGCCACCCGCACCCCCCAGCAAGCCUAAGGAGACCGAGGAGAAUCCUGUGGGUGCCUGUGAGAGCCAGGGCUCCCCACUGAAAGCUAAGUAUGAGGAACCUGAGUAUGACAUCCCAGCCUUUGGCUUUGACUCAGAACCUGAGCUGAAUGAGGAGGCCACUGAGGACAGAGGUUCAGGUGACAAGCGUCCCGCUCAGCCCCGAAGGGCCUCGCCUGUCUCCUCUCUGCAGCGGGCCCAUUUCAAGGUGGGUGAGUCUUCCGAGGACAUAGCCCUGGAAGAGGAGACCAUCUAUGAGAAUGAGGGCUUCAGGCCAUACACAGAAGAUACCCUGUCUGCCAGAGGCUCCUCUGGGGACAGUGACUCCCCAGGGAGCUCCUCUUUGUCUCUUGCCAUGAAAGGCUCCCCCAAAUCAGAUUCUCCCAAAUCCUCAUCCCUCCUAAAGCUCAAGGCAGAGAAGAACGCCCAGGCGGAACUGGGGAAAAACCAGUCCAACAUCUCCUUCUCCUCCUCCGUCACCAUCAGCACCACCUGCUCUUCCUCCUCCUCCUCUUCCUCCUUGUCCAAGAACAGUGGUGACCUGAAGCCACGUUCUGCCUCAGAUGCAGGCAUCCGUGACACCCCCAAGGCAGGGACCAAGAAAGAUCCUGAUGCGAAGGCCGGGCUGGCCUCCUGUGCUCGAGCCAAGCCAUCCGUCCGACCAAAGCCAGUCCUGAACCGAGCUGAGUCUCAAAGUCAGGAGAAGAUGGACAUCAGCUCUUUACGGCGCCAGCUGAGGCCCACAGGCCAGCUGCGGGGGGGCCUCAAGGGGUCUAGGAGUGAGGACUCGGAGCUGCCCCCCCAGACAGCUUCUGAGGGGUCCAGGCGAGGCUCCGCAGACAUCAUCCCCCUCCCAGCCACCACUCCCCCAAGCGUCCCCAAGAAGGAAUGGGAAGGGCGAGGCACCACCUACGUGACGUGCAGUGCCUAUGAGAAGGUGCAGGACUCGGAGAUCAGCUUCCCCGCAGGCACUGAGGUACACGUGCUGGAGAAGGUGGAAAGUGGGUGGUGGUACGUGAGGUUUGGGGAGCUGGAGGGCUGGGCUCCUUCCCACUAUUUGGUGCCUGAGGAGAACCAGCUACCUGACCCAGCUAGCAAAGAGCCAGACACGGGAAAGAGCUCGCAGAAUGAGGGCAAGUCAGACAGCCUGGAAAAGAUCGAGAAGCGCGUGCAGGCAUUGAACACGGUGAACCAGAGCAAGAGGGCCACCCCACCCAUCCCCUCUAAGCCUCCCGGGGGCUUCGGCAAGACCUCGGGCACCGUGGCAGUGAAGAUGAGGAACGGUGUCCGGCAAGUGGCAGUCAGGCCCCAGUCUGUGUUUGUGUCUCCGCCACCCAAGGACAACAACCUGUCCUGUGCCCUUCGGAGGAAUGAGUCACUAACGGCUACUGACAGCCUUAGAGGCGUCCGCAGGAACUCUUCCUUUAGCACUGCGCGGUCAGCAGCCGCUGAAGCCAAGGGCCGCCUGGCAGAGCGGGCUGCCAGCCAGGGCUCAGAAUCACCCCUGCUGCCUACCCAACGCAAUGGCAUCCCUGUCUCCCCCGUGCGUCCUAAGCCCAUAGAGAAGUCUCAGUUUAUCCACAAUAACCUCAAGGAUGUGUACAUCUCUAUUGCAGACUAUGAGGGGGAUGAAGAGACAGCUGGCUUCCAGGAAGGGGUGUCCAUGGAGGUGCUAGAGAGGAACCCCAAUGGCUGGUGGUACUGCCAGAUCCUGGAUGAGGUGAAGCCCUUCAAGGGCUGGGUACCCUCCAACUACCUUGAGAAGAAGAACUAGCAGCACAGGGUCCUUCCGGGCUCAGUGUGCUGCUUUGGCUGCCACUGGAUGAAUGGUGGCACUCCAGACAUGGGGAAAGAUAAGAUGGGAGGGGGGAGGGGGUGACAACAUUGAACCCUGCAGAACAUGUGAUCCCCAAUACACCCUCCAGCUGGAAGGGAGGGUGUGAUGGGUGUGCACACAUAGUAGGAGAAAGGGAAUGGCAGGAAUGUCCUGGGCCCGGGACCCCUGCAUACACACCGCAUGCUGAUGGACCAUAUGCCAUUUAGCACAGGCCUCAUGGGAAAAGCCUAAUUGUGCCUUGGUACAGAUCUGGAAAAUGUCAUGAGGUGUCCUGGGUCCUGCCCUGCGCAGCCACUUCCGUGGCUGGCUUCUUGCCUCUGGAAGUCAUCCUUGCAUUGCCCUAAUGAUGUGUUGGAGAUUGUGUUGGUUUCUAGGCCACCACCGACCACUGGUGGGUGUCCUGGAGAAUCACCAGCUCUGGGGCUUGGCAGUGUCUCCAAAGAGCUCAGCCCUUUCUGGGGCCAGGCCGCAGCCUAUGUUUGAUAGUUAAGAGUUCCCAGGUGCCAACAAGGACUGUCUCCUCUUGCUGUGCUGACUUGGCCUGGCAAGGAGAGCCUGCCCUCCUUGGGCCACAUGGAGGACAGUGUGGUAGUUGACCUUGAGGAUGCCACCAGGCUCCCCCUAAUCUAGAGAUUGCUUGAGGGUUUCCGGGUAGGCGGUUCCUUUUGCAUGUUUGGGAAAGGGUUAUUGGUUGGAGGUUAUAUAUCAGGCGUUUGGUUUGGGGUUUAUUUUAGUUGUUUGGGGGCCCGAGGGGCUCAGCCUCACAUAGGAGACGGGGUAGUGGUGGGUGGGGUUUUUGUUGAAGUCCGUGGAGGGAUGUUUUAUUUGGAUUUUGGUUUAAUGUCUUUUGCCUUUCCAUAAACCAGGUUGUUUGUUUAGGUUUCCACUGUGUACACAGUGCCCGAGCAUGGCACCUCAACAGGGAAUUGGGGACUGGGUAAAGCCAAGUCCCUGGGCUCGGUGAAACAAAGUGUUCAGGUUCCUGCCCAAGAGGGAAAGAAGAUGUUGUUAGAAGCCAGCCUGCUGGGUGGCUAAUCUGCCUGCUUCUGCCCACUUCCUCCAACCUGGGCAGAAGGGUCAGCCCGGAGCAGACACUGCCCACUGCGCCCUUAGCCUGCUGGCAAGGUACCCAAGAAGUUGGAGGACUUUGAAGCCAGGAGCCAACUGUUUCCAAGCCUUAGGGGCAGCGCCCCAGGUAACAGAAGCAAAAGAGUGGAGUAGAGACAGUCCUCUGCCUGCUCUGGGUUGUGAGUCAAUGGUUGACAUUUCAGAGGGGACCCUCCGGAGAGAAGCCCGGCAGUGUCCUUCCAUGCCAGGAGUGGAUGCCAUACGUGCCUUUGACUUGGGACAGAUCCUGCCUCACGGCCCCGUGGCUGAGCUGCCAGCAUCUCCCCCGACGAAGGGCUGCUGGUUCCAACAGACACGGGAGGAAGAGUGCCCCUCACCCCUCCUCCCAGGCAGGUCUGCCUUCAGCUCUCAACCCUAACCUCCUGGAUCCCUAAGCCAUGUUCCUCCCACAGCGGAUGCAACCCGCUAGCUUCCUCUGUCAAAAGCCCAUGGUGGUGACAUUGUUCUAUUUCUUUUUCUGUGUUCAUGAGUUUGUUUAAAAUUGAAAUUAGUUUUUUUUUCUUCUGCUGGACAGUAUUAAAUAGAGCGGGGUUGUUGAAUUAAUCUGCUAGAUUGCAGUACUAAUGAUAGUGGUAUAGUGUCUUCAUGAUAUUAUUUGUACUUAUUUGAACAAUAAUGAUAAAGAAGUGGUUCAUUAUUUCUUAAUUAAUGCACUUUAAAUAAGGCGGAGUGGAAAGAAACCCGGAGAGCAAAGUGCAUUACUUAAAGAUGCAGUAUAUACUCUUCUCAUUUUAAAACAGCACAUAUUUAUUAAAAGAGGAAAAAAGUAAUUUAUGACUAUUUAAAAUAAAAUUUAAAGUAGAGUGGCCAUCAGGUGAGAGGACCUUCCAGUAGCUGUCUGCCAGGGGGAGGCCCACAGCCUCACUCCUCAGAUGUCUGCAUUGAGCCAGCUCCAUGAUUAGUGCGCCCGCCAGGCACAGAGCAUCUCAGUUGGGCUGGACCACCGGGAUCCCCAGAGCCAGCUUUUCCCACCUCCCCUGUUCUUGUCACAUCCCAAAGGCCCUCUCCCAAUCCCCAUGUCCUGAAAUCAUAGAUCCUCAAAAGUGGGGGAGAGUAGGGGGGGGGGUGGGGAACCUUAGAGGUCACUCCAUCCUGUACUUCCAGUUACCUUAGCCCGAGGACAGGAAAUGACUUUUUCCCAAAUUGCCAAACUAACGGCAGGUUCCUGCACUGCAUUGAUACUGUGUUCCUCCCCUGGCCCUCUAGGUUAUUGUGUGGUCAUUGUGUUUACAUUGUAACAUCCAGCCCCAGGGAAGGCUGGGAGUUGCUCAGGCAUCUGGGAAGAGUGGGGAAUGUUGCCACCUAGCGUCAGGACGGAGACUUGGGCGAGUAGUAGUCAUAGCCAAGGUCUCUCACCAUCAACCCCACCCAUCAGGGCACAGCACAAACCCUGCAAGCCCAAAGAAUACUUGAAACAAGAGGGUUGCAUGCCAGGCCUUCCCAGACAUGACCAAGGGAUGCCAGGCCUCGUGUCCCUGGGUCCUAGCCCUCCCCAGGCGAGAGGGCCUUUCCCUAGAGCUAAGGAGCUGCUUUGUGAUACUGGACAGACGGCAGCAUCGGAGGGAAGGGCCUGGGGCUCUGACUCACCUGGAGGAAAACAAGAUUGGACUAAAAGGAAAAAAGAAGUGGAAUCUCAGAAAUGUCCAAACCCAGUUUUCCAUUCGUCAUGAUUGAAAAUGUGAAAUGACAUUGUAUUGCUGUGUACUGCAACUUUAAUCAGAAUGAGCCCUUCUGAGGUCAUUAUUGAGGUUUAUAUAAUGCCCGAAGAUGCAUCAUCUGGUGCUUUGGUUCUCUUUCAGUUUAAAGACCCUUUUCUUGUAUCACAGGGGUGGAGGGAAAGUCUUCAAACCUUAUCCUUUGUCAGUAGCAGGCCUGGCUCCACUGCCUGGCUUCCCUGUGUUCUCACCGUCGGGGAGCAGGAGGAAGCUGGUGGUGGGGUGUCCAUCAGCAGCAGGUCCCUGUUUGUCCCCCAGGGCUCCCUUCACAACUGGGGUUCUGUCUGCAAAGGCCUCAUCCUCUCACCCCAGCCUGGCCCCAAGGGUUCCCCUUUCUCACUCCUAAUGGACGAAGGCAUUAUAUAGAGCCCUCGUAGGCACUUUGAGAUGUUAGAGACUAUUUUACUGGCAUUUAUACCCUUCGCUUCCUCAGCAAGGCAUGUUACAACGUUCUAUCAUCUAAGGAAAAAAAGACAAGGGAAUUUCAGUCAAAUGGUAUUUUCAUAUGACUAGUACUUGCAGAAUAGAUGUAGAGUUAUUUAAGUUGUAGUGUUCUAUUUUUAGGAAGGGGUGGGGACCAGGUGAAAUCACCCCGACUUUUUCUGGGUUUGACUAAUAUAUAAUUUCUUUCAGGCUACUCUCAUCCCCUGUUCCCUCCAAAGACUUUGCAUUCUCAAUAGAAAAGGAAAACAAUCUGAGACAGGAAAAGUGCAAUAUUACCAAGAGGGAUUUGGGUCAGUGGAGACCAUAUUGAGCCUGUCUGCAGAACAUGGGAGGAGUCAUGGGAGGUAGCCACCAGAGGACAGCCCAUCAGUAUUGUCCACCUAGAUGGAUGUGGCAUGGUGCUCUUGACCUCCUGGGCCCGGUCCCCAGAGCAGAAUGAGGACGUCCACUCCUGUUCUCCUGUUUUGCAGUCAGCUGUUCAGAGAGACCCGCAGCCCCCUCACCCCAGCCUCCUGAUGUGUGUGGGCUAUGAAGCUAUGGAUGUGUGUUUGAGUCUUUCUAGAACUGUAAAACCUCAGUUCAGCUUGUGGACAGGAAUCCUGGCCGUAAGCAAACAUCUGGAGGGCGGGUACUUUAAGCCCCGCUUACCCAGUGAGAGCCAAUUCCUACAGGCUUGCAGUAGGCCAGGGGCCGAGUCCAAGCCACCCGUUCAUCUCAGUGACUUGGGCAAAAGGCAUGAGCCUGCCUCUGAUAACAGGAACUCCCGAGGCAGGUGCACACUAGCCCCUCUCAUGCAGCAAGGAAAGAGGCAGGAAAGGACGGCUUCUUGGGGGCCGGGAGCAAGUCCCAGGACUCUGCUCCCCAGGAUAGCAAGUGCGGCCUUGCUGGCGUGUCCCGUUUAUAUAGUACUGUAGGCCUGCUGCUCAGACCCACCUUGUGUGAAUUUCUGUAGGGAGAGGGACGGGCCCCUUUUGGUGUCUCUCCCUUGGAAUAGAUAUGGCUGCAUAGCCAGUCAUUAGAAUAUCUAUGCGGCCCUCUGGAAAGACAAUAGCCCACAUCACUAACCAAUUAAGAUUCCCUCACUUUUUUGAGGGCUAAGAAAGUGUGUGUGUGUGUGUGUGUGUGUGUGUGUGUGCCGGUGGUAAUUUUCAUGAAUAUGGAGAGUCCAUGAGUGUGUAUGUGUGUGUGUGUGUGUGUGUGUGAGAGAGAGAGAGACAGACAGACAGAAAGACAGAGAGACUGGUGGUAAUUUUCCACUUGAACUAAAUAGCAUGGGGUUAGAGGAAAUAAAUACUGGGCAGGCAGUCUCCAUUGAACUAGUCCUUGGCAUUGGGCAGGUCCCAAGGAAUUCACAGCUUAUGGCAGCAUGUGUGUCAUUCACACGAUUCUGGCUGGAGAGUGCAAUGUGUCUUUUAAAAAAAUUUUUUUUUUGUAAUUAUUUUAUUAUUUAGUUGGAAACUUCACACUGGUAUUAGCAGAGCUAACAGAAGCAGCCCAGGCCAUUGUCCCAGACGCCAAGAUGAAGCCACAGAAGAGAUACUGCUGAUUGUGGGAGUGCUGAGGUGAAUGCAUUAGGGCACCCACCUGCAUCCUGUCCUUGGUCUGUGAACCCCCGAGGAUCCAUGAGCUGCUGGGUGUCGGUUUGUUUCUGAAGGACAGGCAGGCUGGCAGGUGGAGGGGUGCUCACGGUGAGACUGUAGGACCUGCAGGUGUCCACACAGUGGUGCCUCCCGUCUCCACAGCAAGCCUUAGACCGCUUCCUUUGAGUGUGGAAGGCUCUUCAUGAUCAUUUGAGAUUUUUGACUAAGCCCCGUUUGAGGUAGUCUGAUGGUCUCAUGUCCCUGUGCUUCCUAAGCUCAAUGCUGAGAGCCUAUGACAGUUAGCACUGCUGGUCACUUUGCUCUGUGCAUCUGGGUCCCCAGGCCACACAGUAGCUACAUUGGUGCUUGUAGAUUGAAUGGAAGGGUUUUUCCAAAGUCUUGAUCCCAACCUGGCUGCAAGGGGUUGGCAUGUGACACACACCCGCUUCCUCCCCUGUCUAAAUCUCAAGUGGCCUUGGCAGUCAGUACCCUUCCCUCUUGCAGUCCUAGGACCGCUGUCUUAGUGCGGGGCGUGGGGAGGGCCUCCCCGUGCUGAAGGUCCCUGCCUUACUCCAAGUCUCAUUCUGGACAAUCGGCUGUAUCUUUGGAAGUGUGAGAGAAUUGUGUUAGUGCAAACGGAUGUAUCUGGCAUGUUGGAAAGCUAGCGGGAGGCAUGUUGGCAAGAGGAGGGCGCAUGUUUGGAAUUACUGGGCUUACCGUCCCUGCAUGGGGUGGAAGCUUCCAGAGAUGUCUUUUAUGUAGGUGUGGGGAGGCUGAGAGAGAGUUUGGAGCAGGAAGGAGUCAGUUCUUGGUGAUUGCAAGCAAGAAGUUUGCAGGGAUUCUUGUUACUCACCAGCCAGAGAAAACUCGCUCACUGGGCCCAGCCCGGGCUUCCAGUAUUAUUGUCUUACGGAAGAGGUGCUGCAAGUCAUAAGCCAAUCUUUAGGUCUGGGGGCCCAGUCCCAUCCCAGGUUCCCCAUCGUUUUUGCCCAGUGCAUUUUGUCCAAUGCAGAGCUAGCCUGUCAAACCAUACAAGCUAGAGACCACUGACCAUAACAGGCCACACAGUAGGGACCCAACACCCCACGCUAGAACUUAAAAGCCCAGGCCUAUGCAGGAGGCAGGUGACCUCAUUUGGACAUUGAUUCCCAAGACUCCGGAACCUCUGGUUCUAUGGCCUCCUAUCUGCCAGUCUGACCAGGUGAGGGCACCAACCUCCUGCAUGUGCUUCUACGGAGGCACACUGCUUCUGAGUUUACUUCAAAGGGUACCCAGUUGCCAUUCUUAGAUUUACAACUUGUCUCCUGCAACAGAGGACAUGGGUGUCCCUACCAGUUACUGAGAGGCCUGGAAGGAAACUCUGAAGGCAGAUGUGAGUGGCUUCUGCUACUGUGUGGUGAGAAGGAGCAGGUGGAUGUCACUGGGACUCCUAAAUCCCAGGGACUUCCUGGUGCCCCAGGCAGCUUACCGAGGUCAGCAGGAACCCUUCUCCCAGCUUCUCCCUUCCCCACCUCAGCAGAGGAAUGGAGACAAGGACAUUGGAUGCAGCAGGGGUCCAUGCGGUGUGCAAACACAUCUCCAGGGUCCUCGGUGGUGCUAAACUAUCUCCAUGUUUCUCAUAAUUCUAAUAGUGGAUUGUUUUUAUAAGUCUCAUCACAGACAUGUGGUGUCACCGGGGGAGGGACCCAGCCCCCCUGACCUGCCCUUCUCCAGGUGUCCUUUAUCACUUGGGUGGGACUCUUUGGUCUAUAGAAAUGACCUGUCUUGGCAUGCUUCUAGACUUUAAAAUUUGGAUUGUUUUGUUUCAUAUUUUGUUUAUGUUUACAGGCAUCUUGUAUUUCCCUAAAGACUAAAUAAAGUUUUUGGCCUCUUUAACGAAA